CAACAUGGCGCCCUGCUUGGUGGAGCAUGUUGUUGCUGAUGCGGGAGCUUUUCUCAAGAAAGCACCUCUUCAGGAGAUUGGUAAAAACAUCUACACCCUGAAGGAUGUUGUGGAGGAGAUCAGGGACAAACCCACCAGGCGGAGUUUGGCCUUUCUGCCUUACGAGCUGAAGUUUAAGGACCCACUGCCUGAACACAUACGGACAGUGACAGAGUUUUCCAAAAGGACUGGAGAUUAUGCAAGUUUGUCUGCCACCGAUAUCAAAGUCUUGGCUCUGACUUAUCAGCUUGAGCUUGAACACGUCGGUUCCCAACACCUGAAGAAGGAACCAGACGUUAAGGUAAAUAUUCAGAGCACAAAACGUCACCCAGAGACACCAGUCAAUGUUGCAGGGUUUCACUUUCCAUCAAAGAAACCAAACAGUUCAAAAAAUACCCCUUCUCACACUCGUACAAACUCAUGUUCAGAGCCACAAACAGAGACAGAGCAGAAUGAAGAAUUCAACAGUUUUCAUUUCUGGAGAGAGCCGCUGCCUUUGCUCAAUGAUGACCUGCUCAGCUUACUGGAGCCAGUAAUAGAGGAUACAACAGAGACCAAACCAGAGAAGAAACCAACAGAAAAACCCACAGAAUCUAAAAAUAAAACAUCAACAACAACAAACUGUGAAGAGUUCAACAGUUUCUACUUUUGGAGAGAACCGGCGCCUUUGUUUGAUGAGGACCUGCUCAGUUUACUGUCGGACAGCGGUGUAUCUGAGUCUAAACAGGACUCAACUCUCAGUGAAGACUCUGAUGAAGACAAAGAGAAUGAACCUCAGGAGGAGGAGGAGCAAGAAGAGGAUGAAGAGGAUCAAGAUGGAGGAGGCUGGAUCACUCCCAGUAACAUCAAACAGGUCAAAAUGGACACCGGAAACUGGAGCCAACCUGAAGAUGUCACUGUGGGAUGUCUCACUACUGACUUUGCUAUGCAGAAUGUACUGAUUCAGAUUGGCCUCCAUGUGCUGUCUGUGAAUGGGAUGGUGAUCAAACAGGCUCGAAACUACAUCCUCCGCUGCCACGCCUGCUUCAAGACGACGACUCACAUGGAGAGAGUGUUCUGUCCUCACUGUGGGAAUAAGACUCUGAAGAAGCUCGCUGUGACAGUGAACGAGGACGGGUCGAUCCAGAUGCACUUCUCCAGAAACCCCAAAGUGCUCAAUCCCAAAGGCCUACGGUACUCUCUGCCGUUGCCUCAGGGCGGUAAACAUGGCGAUAACCCUCACCUGGUGGAAGACCAGCGCUUCCCUCAGCAGAGACUCUCCCGAAAGGCACGGCAGAAAACGAACGUGUUUGACCCAGAUUACAUCGCGGGCUCCUCCCCCUUCAGCCAGAACGACAUCUACAGCCGGGCUGCCGGUCUGAACCUGCGCGACAGCCAGAGCGGGGCGGGGCGCCGGAGAGCCAACCCCAAUGCAGCAGGCAAGAAGUUUGUCAAGAAGUGAGCAAUGUAUUGGGACUUAAAAAAUACUGUAAUUCUUUAAUCUAUUGGCUGUUUUCAAAAACCUAUAUGGAUUAUUGCUGGGUUUAAAGUAGAGCUGUAGUUGACUAAAGACUUGUCCUACCAGGCCAUCGGACUAAAAAGGGGCGUGGCUCUCAGAGCUCUCAAAACUGUUUAUAUAUUUUUCUAAUCUGGCCAUGUAUCUGACCAAAACUGCAGUCACAAGAGAAUAACCGCACAGGAGUUCAUGCAAAAACAAAUAUUUAUGCAGAAAAGUAGAAAACUGUGUAUUUAUAUCAAAACCAAGCAUAUUAAAAUCACUUCUUUAGCUAACUCACUACAUGCUGCUGUGGCAGCUGCUGCGGCUGCUGGUGCUGUCACUGUUGUCGUCCCAUUUAAUUCCCUAAAAUCUAAAUAAAAUUAUCCAUCUUGGUCAACCAACAUUUGUGUAAGGCUCAUCAAACGAAUAAUCUAAAGGGCCAUCAUCUCUAUAUCAAUAAAUCAACUAUACUUUUUAUUUCCUCAUCCUAAUGUCCUUGUACAAGAGGAUAAACAACUUGUUAUCUGAAAAUGAAAUUAAUGGUAAAUUGUGUACCUUAUAUUUACAACAUAAUGUAUUUUCCUGUAAUGACGGUCAAGUGUGCAACCUGACACAAUUGUGCUCUAUAUUACUAUGAUUAAAAAAUAUGAAAUUAUGUUGCUUCUGUAAUUCUUCAAUAAAAAAUUAUUC